AUGGAGUUCCAGGGGAAAUGGUACAUCUUGGGACUGGCAGGGAAGGAAAUUCAUAAAGAAAAACACAGCCAAUUGAAGAUGUACACCAUGACCUACGAGCUGAACGAAGACAACAGCUACAAUGUCACCUUUGUCCUGCCCUGGAUCCAGCGCUGUGACCACUGGAUCACAACUUUCAUCCCAAGUUUCCAGCCAGGCCAAUUCAACCUGGGCAACAUUGAGCGUUAUCCUGGAAUCCAGAGUUACACUGUACAAGUCGUGGCCACAGACUACAACCAGGUUGCCAUGAUUUUCUUCAAGAAAGCUUACAAAAACCAGGAGUUCUUCAUGGUCACCCUCUAUGGGAGGACCAAGGAGCUGACCCAGGAGCUGAAGGAAAACUUCAUCAGCUUUGCCAAAUCCCUGGGCCUCACCGAUGACCACAUCAUCUUCCCAAUCCCCAACGAUGAGUGCAUAUAUAAGUGA